GAGAGAGAGAGAGAGAGCGAGCGCGGACUCACCUUCCUGAUCUACGCCGUGGCGCUCGCCUUCCUUGCAUUCUGUCUGCAAAUGAUCCCAUAGUAACUUAGAUCCGGGUGGAGGAAGACGGGCAGGAAACGCAACCCUUUGGAAAAAGCGAGCGAGGGGAGAAGCAGCGCGCACACGUCUGAGCAAUCCGAGUCGAGAUCCAACUUGCACGAGUCGACGCCAACUUUACAAGCCUCGGAUAAGACGUUUUCGACUAAAAGAUGGCCUCUGCAAACGACUCCCGCCAAACAACAAAGGAUGCAGCGGAUCAGAACUUCGACUUCAUGUUCAAACUCCUCAUCAUUGGUAACAGCAGCGUAGGCAAAACCAGCUUCCUGUUCCGCUAUGCCGACGACACAUUCACGUCCGCCUUUGUCAGCACCGUUGGCAUUGACUUUAAGGUGAAAACGGUCUACCGCAAUGAGAAGAGAGUCAAGCUACAGAUCUGGGACACGGCAGGCCAGGAGAGAUACCGAACCAUCACCACAGCCUACUACCGUGGUGCAAUGGGCUUCCUCCUCAUGUAUGAUAUUACUAACCAGGACUCCUUCAAUGCUGUUCAGGACUGGGCAACUCAGAUCAAAACUUACUCGUGGGAGAACACACAGGUGAUUUUAGUUGGGAACAAGUGUGACCUGGAAGAUGAUCGUGUUAUCCCCACUGAGGAUGGCAAGCGACUGGCUGACGACUUGGGAUUUGUGUUCUUCGAGGCCAGCGCCAAGGAUAACAUCAAUGUGAAGCAGGUGUUUGAACGACUGGUGGACAUUAUCUUCGAGAAGAUGAACGAGAGCGUAGACGCGAACCAAUCAAUUGUGAGCAACAGCAAACCCUCGCCCCUCAGUGAACACCCCCCGCCCAGCCAGAGCGGCUGUUCUUGUUAGGGGAGACCCUCACCGCCGACUCUGCCCCGUACAGCAAAUCUGGUUUGGUUUGGUUUGACCCGCCGUUCUUCAACGAUAAAACUUUUGUUUUGUUUUUUUUUUCCCGAAUUCUACUUUUGUGAUCUUAGAUUAAUAAAAAAAAACUCGACAUUUCAAGUAAACCUUACCUCCCUCCUCACACCUCUCUUUCCACUUUCACUUUUGAGUUUUUCCAAGAGUUCACUGGUGCAAACGCUGAUUGCUAGUUUAUGUCAAAUCCCCCAAUGCAGCCCUCCUGCCCUCUUUUUUCACUUUCAGGAAAGCACCAGGUGCCAAUUUCUGCCACCAAGUCCACCAUUAGUCCACGCAGCACCCAGAGCUUUAGGCCAUUCAGAGUCGCGUCCCACCCUGCACAAAUACACUGUUAGCCCUUAUGGUACCUAGUGGAACUCGUGGGCAUAAUAAGAAGUGGUAUCAGCUGCAAAGGGACUACGGUUGGCACUCUAGGAACAGGCAGGCUCUCUUGAGGAAGAGAAACAGGAGAAUUCCACAUCAGUCAGCCACUGGGAAAUUAGUGUAAGGACGGGGCGAGAUGUUUUGGAAAAAAUGACACCAGUGGAUAGAAUCUGCUUUGGUUUUUUGUACAUCUGAUUACUGCGCUUUGGAUGAUAAUGGUACUCAUUUACAGGUGUGGGUAAAGCGCAAUCGCUAAGUAGCAGACACACACACACGUGUGCAAGUAUGGAAAGGUCACACCUUUGUAAUGGCUAGAAAAUGUACAGCAAAUCACGAAGUGCGACCACCGAGCAGGUCCAACGCACACUUUCAAUGAUGUAGCUUCAUCAAAGUACGGGCGUGAUUUAACAUUAGUGGGUCCUGAAUGUCUCCGAUGAUCUGCGUUAAAAUGUUGUUGUGUGAUAUACUUAUGUACUUGGCAGGGCUCUGAUUAACAAUCAAAUCGAUUCUUGAUUCAGCGACUAAACCAGGCCUGAACGGAGAUGUGUGUCCAGACUGUCAUAAUAACUUUAAGCACACGCAGAGUAAUAUAAAGCACCGGUCUGAUUUUUCUGAACGUGUCUGUCUGUCCUGGGGUGUUUACUGCUCAGACUGUGCAGUUCAAUUCGGUGGUGGUGGUGGCGGUGGAUCUGACAAUAAUACCUGUGAACGUCUUAUGAGGCCCUCCAGCUGAGCACACAGUUGCAGGUGUUCGAUUGUCCAACGUGUUUUAUAUCUAUGCAUGCCCUCGUGCCAAUUCAAAUGUAUACCCAGACUCACACGUGCAUGUGCAUGUACCAGUAUGCCUAGGGUGCUCACCAGCAUAAGCACACGUACGUCCACACACACUCACAAUCCCUAAUCUCUCCAGUGUACACGUCUGCCCGUCCAUUCUCUGCACUCAGACAGCAUGGGCACUCUGGCACCACGUGCCAGCCACAUAUUUCAAGAUGAUUCUCUGUUGCCCUGACCAGCGUAUGUGUGGAGUGAAAGGACAAACCACGAGCAGGCGCCUUGUGUGAAAGGUUCAGGCCUCGAGUGAGCAGCGCCACUUCCCAGCUGUUUACUCGGCUGGGCGCUUCUUGCUGAAAAGCAGUGACAGGCACUGCCAAGUGAACAGUGCCCUCCUGUGUCUCUCGGCUAAAAUCUCACGCAAAACUUCUUUCCGUGCUGCUCUGUUGAGGUGGGCUUUUCGGGGACUCUUACGACACAGGUGACAAGUCACAGGGUGGCGCACACAGAAUGGUUUCCUGCCCUUGAAGCCUUCUCUCGGUGUUUCUACGUCUGAACAUCAGAAGCCCCUCCUAGCAGGAGAACUGAUCGCUGUGUACUUUCAUUUAGGUUAAAUAUUUUUAUCCUAAUUUAUGAAUGGUGCUUCUGUUUAGGAAGAACGAUCGCCUUUGUGAUUUUUAUCUGUAGAGGUUUGGUC